AAAACUCUCUCUCUAUUUUCUCCAUCUAUCUCUUCUCUUCCCUUCCCUUCCCUUCCCUGUUUGUUUAUUCCUCCUCCAGUCCUUCCUCAAACAUCUCUCGAGAUCUCUACAUAAGUUAAUUCCAAAACCCUAGAAAACCCAAUCACUUCAAUCACUCACUAGAACAAAAGUAACUCUAAAUAAGAGAAAAAACCCAAAAUUAAUUUUAUCUUGAUUACAUCAAAACAAAAGAAAAGUUUUUUUUUUCUUUUAAUUGUCAUAUUCUUACUUUGUUAGAUUGAUCUAAUUUCCUUGAAUUCGGUUGUAAAAUCCCAAAUUAUAAUGUCUGGUUCCGGUGGUUUUUCAUUCGCUCGUAGUCGUAAAGGAGAUAGAUUUUAUAAUCCACCUGCUAUGCGUAGACAACAGCAGCUACAGUUGUUACAAAAACAGCAGCAACAACAACAACAGUUACAGCAGCAGCAGCUGGAACAGAUGGAGUUGAAAGAAAUGAUGAGGGAAGAAGAAAAUCGUUCUGAAUGUGAUGAAUUAUCUAAACCAUCAAUUAGUUAUUCACCACCAUUAAGACCUAAUAAUUCAACUAAUUUAGAUAGGUUUCUAGCGUCAACUCAACCUUUUGUUCCUGCUCAGUAUUUCCCUAAGAAGAUGGGUGGGAGGGAAUGGAGAAAUGGAAUUCAUCAGGAUAGUAAUAAGGUAUCUACAGAUCCUUAUUAUAAUCUUGGGGAUCUAUGGGAAUCUUUCAAAGAAUGGAGUGCUUAUGGAGCUGGAGUUCCUCUUGUUUUGAAUGGGAGUGAUUCUGUUGUUCAGUAUUAUGUACCUUAUCUAUCAGCUAUUCAGCUGUACGUCGACCCGGCUAAGCCCAUAUCUAGGUUGAGGCGACCUGGGGAGGAGAGUGAUGCUGAGUCCUCAAGGGAGUCAAGUAGUGAUGGUAGUGGCAGUGAUGAUGCGGAAAGGCGCUCAAAUCUUGUCUCGGACAGAGCAAGUAAGCAGAAUCCUUUGGACGUUGGUAGACUAUCAUUGAGAGACAAACCGCAAGUGGGUUCAUCGAGCGAUGAUGCUGAUGCUUCCAACCCGACAGCUAUGCCCAAGUUUCAAUACAUGGAACAAGAAGCCCCUUACAGCCGCGAGCCUUUGGCAGAUAAGAUUUCAGUUCUUUCCUCUCGAUUCCCCGAGCUUAAAACAUACCGGAGCUGUGACUUGCUGCCUGCAAGUUGGAUGUCUGUGGCCUGGUAUCCUAUAUACAGAAUUCCUACAGGUCCAACCCUACAGGAUUUGGAUGCAUGUUUUCUAACAUUCCACUCUCUGGCAGCACCUUUCCGAAAUGCUAGCAAUUGUCAACCAGAAGGGAGUGCGUGUGAGAAGCUUUAUAUACCUGCCUUUGGGCUUGCAUCAUACAAGUUUAAGGGUUCAGUUUGGACUCCAAAUGGACCGUAUGAGCACCAACAAGCGAGCUCAUUAUUGCAGAAGGCAGACAACUGGCUUCGACUGUUACAAGUCGAUCAUCCUGACUACCGGUUCUUUGUUUCACAUAACACAUAUAGAAGGUAAAGGGGAAGAUAUAUUUUUAUUUAAACGCCUCUUUUAUAUUAAUAAAAAGUAAAGAAGAAAAUCAGAAGAGUAAAGAGUGGUCUCUCAGUGGAACUGGUGUUAGUCGAGUCCCAAGGCGGUGGUAAUAACAUUUUGUGUCUUGUUUAAUGUCAAAGCAUCGAUCAUUGAAAAAUCAGAUUGAUCGAACUGUUUGUGUAUCUAAUUUAGAUGUAUAAACAUUUUAAUGCUUGUUCCUAGACGAUGCCCUAUAUUGUUUUCUUAAUAGUUUUUGGUUGUUACUGUGUAGCAGCAAGAAAGUUUGGGUAAAGCUGUUGAAUGAUAUUUUAGAGAGGGAAUUAUAAAUCAUUUCAUUAAUAUGUGUUCACUA